AUGGACGCGGAGAAGAGCCUCAAGUCUUAUGAGGCCUACGACCACGAUCCUUAUAGCCGUGCUUCGCUCGUCAUCGGUUCAACAAACACCAUGGACGUCGUACAUAUGGGAGAACCGGGCUUCCGGUCAAGGAUGGAGGAGAACUUUAUUGAUUUGGAGAGUAAGUGCUUGGAGCAAACAUUCAACUUGAAAGAGAAGCUACGGAGCUCAACAACAUACGACUUUUGGCAACAUCUAAUGGAGGGCAUGUCGGAGAUCAUGGGCGCUCAGUAUGCAUUCGUGGCUAAGCGAGUGUUGGUUGAUGAUGAGAACUCAGCGGUGGAGAUGCCAGCUAUUGGGCAACCGGGUUCGUGUUUGAUGGGGUUGGCCUUCUACUUCAACGAUCACAAGGGCCAGUCAGGGCUGUACCGGGACUACAAGUAUCAGGUUUACGGCUGCCCCUGUCAAUGGAUGCGACACGACAAAGUACUCAUCAUCCCCGAGGGACUCGCGACUUUAACACCAAACAACCCAAACGCUGGGGCGAUGCCUAUCCUCCCCGAAGGUUACCUGGCCGUACCAUUAUUUCACAAGGGCAAGUGUUUUGCACAUUUUGGAGUCAUGUGGACUGCUGAUGGAUUGAGGGAAAGGCCUCAGUUGGGAUGGGGGAUGUUGGAGAUGUUCUUACACGCCUUGGAGGAUCAGGUCACAGACCGAAUGUUGGAGGGCAAUGGGUUCACAGAGAAGCCAAACGAGGUUAUUCCCCAGGAGGCGGUCAGCUAUCGUCAAUCACUUAGGCCAUAUGCACGGAGUUUAUCACACGAAUUACGAACACCAAUGCAAGGAGUUGUGGGGAUGCUGGAUGUAAUGUAUGCAUCAGUAUUAGAAGCCACCGAAUGGGAGAUUGGGGACAUGAAGCAGAUCCGAAAUAUGGUGGAAUCAUUGAGGGAGAGUAUCGAAGUUGCCCAAGAUAGCACAAGACGUGCAGUUGAUGCUGCAGAUAACAUGGUUCACGCAUACGAUUUCGACAUGGAAGUCCCUUCAACACCUACACGUGAUAUUGGACUUGGAGACGACGGGGAUGAUUCGGAUAGUUCACCAAACCACGAACUCGAUGUCGACGAGGUCGACUCAUUAUUAAACAACCCCCGAAGAAGCAAGAGACGAAGAGAAUCAGUAUCCCCUGACGAGCACCAACCAUACAAAAUGAGGCAUUUUAGCGAGGGCUUGAGUUAUGAUAGGGAAGGGUCACCAUUACUAGACAGAUCAAGGAGGAGCACAAAUACGCCAUCCACCGAUCAGAAUGUGGUGGAUGCAGACCGACGAGAAUUCGCGAUUCCAAACUACCCCUCAGUAGCUUCACCGACACCUUCAAAUGCUUUGAUGUUUGACGCAUCAGGUGGGGUACGGCUCAACUCGCGGCCAAUAAAGCUUCGCGAGUUAUUAAGACAGAUAAUACAUGAUUCGUUACGGUCUGGUGGUCGUCCGGAUUCGACACGUUCAGUAGAGACACCACUUGGAGAGUUAAUAACUGUACAAACAGCCGUGCCUGGAGGCUCUAUCAGCACCAUCAAAAUAGAGUUAACGGUGGACGAAACAUUACCCGAGACCCUUCUUCUUGACGGUGUUCAACUGUCCAAGCUUCUUUCAAGCGUUUUUCACAAUGCGGUGAAAUUCACCGAAAAUGGAAAGAUUGCCGUGCAAGCCACAAUGAAGUCUAGAUUCCUCCAUUUCGCAAUCGCCGACACUGGGGAGGGCAUUCCCGAAACUUUUUUGCCGAAACUAUUCACGGCAUUCGCUAGGGAAGACGAAUCGUUGACACGGUCGCGGGAUGGGCUUGGGUUGGGCUUGAUGGUGGCAAAAGGAAUUGCAAGGAAGAUGGGUGGCGAGCUGUGGUGCGAACGGACGGCAGUACAGGGGCCACAUAAGGGCUCUGAGUUUCGGAUUAAAUUGCCAUUGACAUUUACGGAUGUAGCCAGUGCACCCGGAACACCAGUGGUUCAGCCAGGAACACCUUUGGUCACACCUGCAGUACUAUCAAACGCCCCAAACCCUUUGGGAACUUGGUCUCUCGACACUGGAUUGAAUCGUAAGAGCCCUUUCACUGGUCCAUCGCCUUUACAGGACGCCUCCGCGCUUCCAUCAGUGCCACAGGCGGCAAGAUUCUCACCAGAGCUCAACCCGAUACCACAAUCACCUCCUCAUCCCGGCGCUAAAUUCCCCCGAGGGAGGAAGCCUGUCGAGUAUGACAGAAAUCUAGGACAAAAGAUGCCACUACGCAUUUUGGUCGCUGAAGACAACAAGAUCAACCGAAAGCUUCUUAUCAACAUGCUUAAGAAGCUCGGAUACACAGAAAUAUAUGAAGCAUGCGAUGGCGUGGAGGCUGUACAGAUCAUGGAUGUUCCAAGGGAGCGACCCAUCGAUCUUAUCCUCAUGGACCUAUGGAUGCCACGCAUGGAUGGCUACGAAGCCGCCACCAAAAUACUUGCGAUGCCACAAUACGCCGACGACAUCAUCGUACUGGCCGUAUCAGCAGACGCGACAACCGAAGCUCUCGAGAAGACAUCGAGGAUUGGUAUGAAGGGAUUCAUGACGAAGCCCUUCAAACUAGUGGACCUAGAGCGGUUAUUAACCGAGUACUGCGCCGACAAAGCUCGGUUAUACAUUUGA